AUGACAAUUCCUUAUGUUUUAAAAUCUGUAGUUGAAAUUGGAAUAUUUUAUAAAGUAACUACCCAUGCCUAUAAAUUCACGGUAUCAAAAUGGAAGAAUGUUAGAAUUCCUUUUACUAGUUUUAAAUUUGCAUUAAAAUGGGCUCCUCGAAUUGCUGGACUGAUAUUGGGUGCAGUUAUUAGUAGUGUAAUAGAUAUCGGGAUUAAAUUAAUGAUAGAUGCUAUUUUCGGUGCUAUCAAAAAACAGAAAAUGCAAGAAUAUAUCAAAGAAUGUCGAGCACCACGUAUCGAAUUACAUCAUGACAUAAUGGUUUUAAAACUACUCAUAUUUGAAAUUCAAGGAUUUAUAACUGGGUUGGAUUACAUGAAAAAAAAAUCAAAAGAAGAAUUACAAGAAAUGAUUGAAACAUUAUACCGAAAAUGUAAUGAAAAAGUUAAGGAAAUUGAUUAUGAAAAAGCAGCAAAGGAAUUAGAAGAAAUAGACAAACAGAGAGGUUCCUGGACAAACGAGGAUGGUGAUGGAAUUCUGAGAGUGGAUAUUAAUGAUAAAUGA